AUGCCAACUCCAAAAUUAGAAGAAGCCCUUAAACAUUUUGGAUCUAUUCUCCAGCAAGGUUACAGCUCAGCAGAGGUGUUGCCACCAGUGAGUAUGCUCUCCACAAAACAUCACGUCUUGGAGGAUGGAAUGACUCUUGCUCCUCGUUCAGUACUCUCCUCCGUGGGUCGCAUGCCUGAAGAUUUGCCAGGUGAGAUUUGUCUCAUGAAUGAAUUGCCGAGAAGUGCAUUGGCUAAGGUACCUCCGAGGGAAGUGAGACAUUACUUGUUGGAGGCGUAUGAGCAAUAA